AGCUUGUUCAGGCUAGCUAGCUACCACUACAUUCUAACCGUACAAGAGCCAAGACACGAACGAAAUAAGCCGCCGGUGAACGGCGAGAAAGUAUCUACAAGUUUUAACCUUUUUGUAUUUUUGUGUAAUUUGAUUUAACUGGUGGAAAAUUAAGACAAUGUAAGUUAAAAAGCAUGUUUCUUGAAAAUGGUUCAUUGUCAGUAAAACUAGCUAGGAAGCUAAUGUUAGCGAUGAUGUCGUUGUUGAAGGAUGGGUGUGUUUGAUAGCUAACAACUAGCUAGCUGUUGUAUCGUUAGCUAACAGUUCCGGAUUAGCUAAGUAUUAGCAAAUUAGCUAAAAUGGCAAAGGCGAAUUAUUUAAAUAACGUUAGCUGUAUAACGUGGUAACAUUAUAGCUAUAACUAAUGUUAGCUGGUACUUAACUCACUGUCAACAACGUCAACGUUAAUGAUGGCCAACUCGGUUAAUGUAACGAUAGCUAGUUUAGCUAACCCGGUAAUUUAGGUAGCAGGGCGUAACGAACGUUAGCUAAAGCUUUGACUAGCUAGCUAAUGUUAGCCAUAAAGAACAUUUGUGCGUGUCUUAGCUAACUAGCUACCUAGCUAAAAUGUAACGGUUUGCUAGGUAAUAAUGUAAAAUAGGCAAGUUAGAUGUAUCUUUGUUUGUCUCUACUUCCAUAACGUACAUUUGUCUCAUGUGUUCCCAUGCCUAGUUAACGUUAGAAGAUGGCUGUGAACGUUUACUCUACAUCUGUGACCGGCGACAACCUUAGUCGCCAUGAUAUGCUUUCUUGGAUCAACGAGUCUGUACAGAUGAACUACGCCAAGAUUGAGCAGUUGUGCUCAGGUCAGUAAGAUGACGUCUAGAUCAAACCGGAAAUACGUCCAUCGGCAUGGCUAAUUAGCCUGUGAUGGCUGUUGAUCCGAACGCCAUUCAAAGUGUGAUAGUUAUUUUCGAUCAACCGUUACUUGGAGAUACUUUCUUCGUUUUCGAUUCUGAAGGCAUCGGUGAUUUAUAAACUUCUGUUUCCAGUUGCAGGUGGAAGUCCCAAAAAAAUAGAAUAUUCAGAAAAUUAAUACAUCGAAUUUUUCCACCAUGUGAGGUUAAUGGCGAACAUAGCUACUAGACAUCUGGUAUUUCCCAUCUUUGCAGGAACUAGUAAUUUCUAAGCAAAGCAGUGGUGGCCACAUGUCGAACAAGAUGACAGCGCUUGACCCAAACACAAAGAUUUGCACACAUGCGAUAGGCCAUUUCUCACUUGAUACAAAAAGUGGAUUUAAUAUUUUUCUGAAUAUUCUGUUUUUUGAAGUAACACCUGAAGACACCGGUGCCUUCAGAAUCGAUAACAAAGACCAAAUCCGUUGCUGACAGGUGUAUAAAUUCCAGCACACAGCCAUGCAAUCUCCAUAGACAAACAUUGGCAGUAGAAUGGCCUUACUGAAGAGCUCAGUGACUUUCAACGUGGCACCGUCUGUCCUCGGUUGCAACACUCACUACAGAGUUUCAAACUGCCUCUGGAAGCAACAUCAGCACAAUAACUGUUCGUCGGGAGCUUCAUGAAAUGGGUUUCCAUGGCCGAGCAGCCGCACACAAGCCUAAGAUCACCAUUCGCAAUGCCAAGCGUUAGCUAGAGUGGUGUAAAGCUCGCCGCCAUUGCACUCUGGAGCAGUGGAAACGCGUUCUCUGGAGUGAUGAAUCACGCCUCACCAUCUUGGCAGUCCGAUGGACGAAUCUGGGUUUGGCGGAUGUCAGGAGAACGCUACCUGCCUCAAUGCAUAGUGCCAACUGUAAUGUUUGGUGAAGGAGGAAUAAUGGUCUGGGGCUGUUUUUCAUGGUUUGGGCUAGGCCCCUUAGUUCAAGUGAAGGGAAAUCUUAACCCUACAGCAUACAAUGAUAUUCUAGACGAUUCUGUGCUUCCAAAUUUGUGGCAAUAGUUUGGGGAAGGCCCUUUCCUGUUUCAGCAUGACAAUGCCCCGGUGCACAAAGCGAGGUCCAUACAGAAAUGGUUUGUCGAGAUCGGUGUGGAAGAACAUGACUGGCUUGCACAGAGCCCUGACCUCAACCCCAUCGAACACCUUUGGGAUUAAUUGGAACACCGACUGCGAGCCAGGCCUAAUCGCCCAACAUCAAUGCUCGACCUCACAAAUGCUCUUGUGGCUGAAUGGAAGCAUGUCCUCGCAGCAAUGUUCCAACAUGUAGUGGAAAGUCUUCCCAGGUGAGUGGAGGCUGUUAUAGCAGCAAAGGGGGGACCAGCUCCAUAUUAAUGCCCAUGAUUUUGGAAUGAGAUGUUCAACGAACAGGUGUCCACAUACCUUUGGUAAUGUAGUGUACCUUGCAGUGGGUUGGGGAAAGGUAAUGGCAGGAGCAGAGUAUUAUAGCCUAUAGAAGUUGACAUGAUUAGCUGGUAAUUGAAUUAUGUUAUCACAUUCACACAGGUGCUGCUUACUGUCAGUUCAUGGACAUGCUUUUCCCUGGAUGCAUACCGUUGAAGAAGGUUAAAUUCCAGGCCAAACUAGAGACUGAGUUCCUCCACAACUUCAAACUUCUGCAGACCAGUUUUAAGAAAAUUGGGGUUGACAAGGUGAGUGCUUAGUGUCUUUUUACCUCAGUGUACUUUUGGCUAUUCGGUUAUUCCUAAAUUUCAGCCAUUGAGAUUGAUUGAGUGACACUUUUUUCCAGAUCAUUCCUGUUGAUAAAUUGAUAAAAGGCAAGUUCCAGGACAACUUUGAGUUUGUCCAGUGGUUCAAGAAAUUGUUUGAUGCCAACUACGAUGGGAAGGAGUAUGACCCAGUCAGUGCUCGCCAGGGCCAGGACACUGCUCCUACGCCCAACCCAGGGCAGGUCGCACCCAAGCCCAGGAAGCCCACCACUGGUGAGGAAGACAAAUUAAUCAUUUCUAGCAUUUUUAUUGUAUUCUAAAUACCUAAUUGAAAAUAUAGCUGCAAGCAGCAAUGGGGGUUCACGUUAUAAUCCAAGUUACUCUCAGUCAGCUGGUAAAAAAAAAAAGAUUGAUCCAGUGUCUUUGAUGCUUGGACCCUUAAAUGCAUACUGUAUGCAUUUCUAUUUCAGUACAGCUCCACGGCUCCCCACAUGUUAUCAAACCAUCUGUGAGAGUCGGUAAGGUGGUUUAAUGGCCAAACAGGGAUCUCCAAUGGGCACCUAUGGUGGGCUAUCACAGUCAUGGUCACUAUGGAAAGGAAUAUUGUUGUAAGGCUAGACACGAGUCAGUGGGUGUUAAUGUGCAGUUGUGUGUCUAAGGUUGAGGGCAUGCACACAGUCCACAGUUAUAUUAUUAUUUCCUAGUUUGCUAACUGUGAUUUGUGUUGGAUCUAGCUCCCAUGAGGUCUACAACAAUAGUGACCAAACCCCCGCCCAAGUCAGCAGGGAGUGCCUUGCGUAGGCCCGGAGGGGCAGGGGACGUGGAGAGGGAGGAGCUAGCCCAAGAGGUAUGGUCUUUAGGCGUGUCACCGCUAAUAUAAGUUGUUUUGAUGCUACAAUGAGAUUUCCCCUCAAUCUCCUGAAUGGUUUUUUGUGUGCUAGUUGAAUAGUUUAUUGAAGUUGUAACAUGAGUCAUGACAGCCCCGCCCAUUCAUUCUCCUAUCACUAAUGUAUUCCCUCUUCUGCUCUCGCCUCAGGUCAGUUCCUUGAAGGCCACUGUCCAGGACAUGGAGAAAGAGAGAGACUUUUAUUUUGGAAAGCUGAGGUCCAUUGAGGUCAUCUGCCAAGAGGUAGAUGGAGAGGCAGAUACAACUAUGCAGAAGAUUAUGGAUGUUCUAUACGCCACUGAUGUGAGUCAAACCUCGCCAGAAUACUCUCUGACACAGACACAGCUGAGAGGCUCAGUCUUCAUUUUCAUAACCAAUGAUUCUGUAGUAGGAAACUAAUGUAGCUUUGUAUUUGAAUAUUUAAAUAAAAAUUGUUUCCUGUUUACAGGAGGGGUUUGUUAUUCCUGAUUCCGAUGCUGAAGGAGAAGAACCAGAAGAGUUCUGAUGAAAAUGGACACAACUCUAGUCCAUACCAUAAUCAUACACACUUAUACACACACACACACACAGGUUAGUGAACACACGUUUGCAUGUGCAAUGUACAUACACACGCACUCGUGUGCUCUAAUGAACAUGCACUUACUCACACAUACUGCCACUGUGGAUUAAGUUGCCUUUGGAUCAUACACUGGCUGCCCCCUUGGUCCAAGUGUUUGUUGGUCCAAGUGUUCUUUGGACCAUAAUACAUUUCAGAGAGCCUGCUGAUCCAGCCACCAGAGAACAAGAACCCUGGAUGAAAUUCUAAUGGGUCCUUCCUUUCUGGUUUCUCUUCUGCCUUGUCCUUAUUCUGGCCUCUGCUGUGCCUUUCAACUUUGGCCUGUUACUUUUGAAAUAUGUUCAGGUUGUCUUUCUAUUCCUUAUAUAUUUCCAAUUGACCUAAACAAAACUGUACUAGGUUAUUUUGAUAUAUUUGCAAAUAUGAUUAAUUAUUAAAGAUAUAUGAAUAUGUUUACUCCGCCAAUGAAAAUUACUGUAAUUUUUAUGGUAUGUUUACACACAUUCAUUAUAUACUUGAGUUCAAAUUUGUGGUUUAGGCGAUCAGCAUUUUGUAUUUAGUUUAUAUGGUUUAUCUGCGGAGGUAUUCAUCACAUUACUUUUUUUGAAGUAAAGAAAGUAAUGUUUUAUUGAGCACCUUAAAAAAAAAAAAAAAAAAAUACUGUACUUCUUACUUAAAUGCUAAAUUAGACUCAUUCUGCCAUUUGUGUGUUGUAUGUAGGCUAGAUUUACACUCCAGAGACUAACGUCUCUACCGACCUAUGUUCUAAUUUACUUCCUCAUGUAAGGCAAAGACCGGAUGUAUGGUUGCUUGUCCACACUGAAGAAAUACUUCCUUCUAGUCUACGAUAAGACCAGAACUAUACACUCUUAGCAGAGGAACUGAGAGCUGUCUUUUAGACCACGGAAGUCUGUUUUAAACUUAGGAGCAAUAUAAGGUUUCUACAAGCAUCUCUUGUCUUUAGAAAUGAAGUAUUGAUUGGAGACACUAAAUGUGUUUUUAGGUUGAAGAAAUAACUUGUUUUGACAAGUUGUAUGUUAUUAAAAACUCAUGUGUACAAUUUUCUAAUUCUAUUUAUUUCUCCACUCAUUAAAAUGUCCUGACAGACUUCUGCAUUGCUUUUGGCAGUUGGUUCUUGGUAGAAUAACUACAGAAAUCAAAACAAAUAGUGAUAUAGGCUGAUAAUUAAAAAUACAUGUAAACAUGCCCAGAGUAAAGGGCCAUAAAUAAAAGGUCUAGAGCCCCACUGUGUGAUGGGGGACCCAAGCAGAGACGUGGGUAGCAGGGUGUACUUGUCAUUCUGGGUGGUGUCGAUGCUGCCAUCAAUGGGCAGCCCUUUGGGUGGGCUGGAUGCUGUUACUGAUGGGGCUCCUUGCCUGGUCUUUGGGGGUCAGCAAUAGGGAGCACCUGCCUUGUGGGGGCCACUGUGAGGCAGGGGACCUGAGUGGUGGUGUGGGCCCUAUUCGUGUCUUGAUUCUGGUAUAUCCCGUUGAGAAUCGCCAGCUCCAGCUGCGUCUUCAUGUUUUCUUUCCCUCCGCUGUAGGCACCAGGAGUUUCCUGACUUCCACCGCUCUCCUCAUUCUGACCUGGGUGCAUUCUGCCUUGUCAUUCACUCUGAUCAGUACGUACAGGUCCUCUUCUAGAUUUUCCAUGCCGGGUUUGCCUCUGUUCUUUCUGUUGUCCCUCACUGACCCCCAUUCUUGCAUUUUGAUCUGGCAUCCGGUUUCCGCUUCCAUCCGCUUGACUGUGAGCCCAUGAGGCCCCAGUAUUCUGCCAACAAAGUUAUAGUUUGGGUAGUCUUUCACAGGCACAAAGAGCUUCUCGUGCAGGUGAAAGAUGGGGCCCGGGCCUUGGGUAACUGCAGAGGUUGUUUGUUUACAAGGCUGUUCACUGGGUCGUUGAACAUGUUUUCUUGCAAUCUGUUGAUCUCUUCGUCCAGAAGCUUCUUGGUGUGUCAAGAUGCAAAACAGAUAACUGCUUAUCUUCUUUUCGUGUAACAAUUGUGUCAAAUAGUCAGGACUUCUCUGUCUCGCCUUCCCUUCUGUCUCCCGACUGGCAUCUUUGUGCCAUCAAGAGUGAAAUGUUUUUUAUAAACAGAAAAAAACUUGGAAAACUAUUGAUUUGUAUCCCCCUACAUUUUGAUUGCUGUAGUCAGAAUUUGGUUUAAUUUGUUGUUUGAAAAAAAAAAAAGACUACCUCUAUAGAUACCAUUGAAUACAAUGUUAUGAAGACUGUCUCACAUUGAUAUCACCAAAAGAGCAUUAUUCUUCUGUGAGAAUUUGAGCCAGUGUCAAAGAUGUAAAGCCAUGGCCAGUGUGAGCUUGUGGACUGUCACAGGGGCACUGUGAAGGUCAGACGGUAAUAUCAAUAUGAAGCUAGUUUACAUUAGGUUUAAACUUUAAAUGCAUGUGUUUGAUCACUAAAUCACAUUUUGAAUCUCUUGAGUAUUCAUUGAAUAAAUUGCCUGUGUUAUCAAAAUCAUUCACAGCUCUGCCUCUGAUGACAAGCAGAAACAUACCACAGCUCAGGUAAAUCCAGAACAAAAUAAAUCCACACACUGGUAUGCUUUUUUUUAUUUGCACAGACACCGUUUCCAUUCUAAUUGUCUGGGUUUUUGUGAACUUGUCACCCACAUUUUGUUCAGUUUCUAAUUCAUCUCACCUUCCUGAAACAUUUUCAAGAGAAAAAUUGUUCAUGAUGGUUUUAAUAUCGGUCUGACUGAGGUCAUCUAUAUGCUCCCUCUGCAGGGUAUGGCGGGGGAGAUGGAGCAUUCGGGGAAGAACAAUGACCUCAGGGAGGAGGACAUGCCGGCGCAGGGGGGAGUGGAGAAUCAGAUCAACGAACAGCACCUUCGCUGCAUCGAAAGCAUGUUCAGAGAGGCUGACACGGAUGGAGGAGGGGGUGAGUGACCCGACCACAUUAUACCACCUCCGCAUAACUAGUAGUCUACCCCAGUAUACAUUUUAGCCCCUAGUGGAUCCCUGCCAGUUUCACCCACCAGCUGCACAUUUCUACAUAGUGUUGUCAUACAAACACACAUAACAUUGAGUCAUUCUGUCUGUCAGGGUUGGAUAUGGAUCAGUUUCGGGAUGUGGACAUUAUCUUUAUGAAGGUGGACACCAACUGUGAUGGCAGUGUGGACUGGGUGAGAGAGGAAAACAAGACAAUGAAUGGGAGUGCUGUUUUGUCAUCAGUUGACCAACUCCUCUGGUAUGUGAAAAACACUUAAACACAUUUAAAUUCUUACUCUCUUUAACAAAACCUUUGUGUGGUUUAUACAGGAUGAAUAUGCUUCUAGAGUACAGGCCACUCUACUUUCCCAAACCAUUCAAGAUUGUGCCUGUGUAAGUGACAUUUAAUAGGCUUUGUUUUACAGGUUCCUAAGUAGUACGUGUGCAGUGUAUGCGUCCUUGAAUUUUUGUGUCUCUGUCUGUGUAGUGCACACUGUGAGGUCAUUGUCCGGCUGCAGUUCUACCCAUUCCAGCCCCAAGCCGGGAAGAAGAAGACAGACUCUGGGGAGCAUGGCCGGAACUCAGGGGGUUCUAAGGGCCGCGCCCACAAUGGACGCUACCUGUCAAUCAGCCGAAAUGGUGUACUCAACUACUGGAACGAGAGGUUCUUGCUGCUGUGCACUGUCAAUGUUAGUAGUCUUUGACAAUAAUGUUUCAUAUGAUGUGAAAAAACUGAAGUAAUACAUGAUGUUAACAGAAAUGGAGAACAACCAGUUCUUAAACACUGUUACAAAAUAGGACAUCCCACAAGCAGGUAUGCUUCAUGUUUUGCUUGUGUGAUGUUCUAUUCUCUUGCAGUGAAACAUUCUCUGCAUGUUUUUCUCUGCUCUAGAUAAGUCAGAUGCAGCACACAGUGGGCCAGCCCGUCAGGGUGACAGACAUGGUCUGCCUGAGCAACAUCAACCUGCUCUCGAUCUCCUCCACAGGACGAGACGUGGGUGUAUCUGUGGGAAUAUCUGUGCAAAUACGUAUAUGCAUGAAAGCAUAUUGAUAUGCAGUAAUAUUAUGUUGUACAAUGUAAUACCUACUGAGUUAUAGCUACUGUAUGUUGUGCAGUGUGUGUUUGUACAGUGUGUUUGUGUAUGUUUUUCUGUCACCAGAAUACUAUGACAUCAGUGCUAGGCUGGACAAUAGAACAAGUAAAAAUUCACCCAAGGCUGAAAAACGGCCAAAGAACAUUGGCUGAGCUGGAACACUAGUUCGAGGCCAUAGCAAAUGAAUUGAACAAACCUUUGCGGAGCCGCUUCGGACUAGAGUGAUGCUUAGAACCUUUUUAUUUUACCAUUACAAUCUGUUCUUAAGAUGAAACAGAAAAACAACAACUUGUGUAGAAAGUAAAUAGCAAUAGUGUCAAGUGUGCUUAUGUCUACAUAAUGAGGAAGUAGGAAAACAAAUGGAACUUCUGACUAUUUCUGGUCUAGCAAUCGAUGACAGCAGAGUAUGCUGCCCAACCUUAUGUCAUGAGAAAGAGGAGAUUAUCCUGAUUAAAAUGGUGUCCGACUUGAAUAAAUCUAAAUAUAUACAUUGUGAGAUAUUUGGUGAAAUAGACAGACAUGUCCAUGUAGAAUUUUCCCAUAGGGAAACAAUUGGGCAGCCUCAGAGCUCCACCUGUUUUGCAAAAUAAAUAAAUAAACGUUUUUUUGACCUUGCCUGUUUUGCAUGUUAUUUUGGCAUUAAUACGUGUCACAUAUCAGAUUGCAAACAAUGUAAAAAAAUAUAUAUAUAUCAUUGAGUUAAUAAAGCUGCAUACAAACAUGGUCUCUUUUUUGUUUUUUCUUGAGUAAGGCAGCUCCAAAAUGCAGGUGUUUCAGCCUAGCUCAGUGCUUUCUGUGGUGGUGGUGGUGGGGCAAGCCAGCAGAAAAUUACGGAGCGUUGCGCCGUGAUUGGCUCAGUGUUCUGUCACUCAUGGGGACACUACGUCACCGCCAAGUCUAAGGGUAGACUUAGAAAAUUCAAGCCCCUUGGUUGCUGCCAUAGAGUUACAUUAGAAGUGCCCUUCCAAGAAGGCUCAAGGUCAUUGGCCACAGAUAAAAUGACGUCAAAUCACAUUAUAUGUACAGUAGCUUUGAUUGGACUGAUACACAAAAAUGUAUGCACGCAUGACUGUAAGUCGCUUUGGAUAAAAGCGUCUGCUAAAUGGCAUUUUAUUAUUAUUAUUAUUAUUAUCAUGUCAACAUCUUACUUUCAAAAUCCUAGCUAGCAGUCAUCAUCAUGAAUCAAAUCGAAAAUCUAUUGGCAAAUCCUUUUUAAUCCUUGUCAUAUGAAGAGAAAUUAUAGAUAAAACGUAUCGGUGCUCAUCGGCCAUUGGACAUAAACAUUACACAACAAGUUGGAAAUCGCAAAUUCAACAAUGAGUGGUUUGGAAGGAAUCGUGACAGUGGCUAACUGCAAGCAUUGCAACUGGGAAGUCGUGAAUAAGCGAGCUCUGACUGGGAAAAUACGUUUUGAACGGUCAUCCAACUCAGAAUUGUAAAUCCGGCCUCUUUCUCUUUCUUUGAUGACAAAAUUUGCCCAUGAAGGACCGCCGCGCCACCUUCCUGUUUAAGUGAGCACAGCACAACAAGGUGAGUCCAAAAAUGUAUUGUAUGCUGCUGCAUAAAUGAUGUAAAAUGCCAGGGAGAUAGUAUUACUUUCUUAGCUACAGUAUACAUAAGUGUAUGUUGUGUAGGAAGCUGUUAGUAGCCCAUGUGCCUCACCCUAAUAAUUUGGUCUAUUUUCACCUCUUAAUUUCACCUACUGUUCUAACUUGGUGGUGCACAUGUAGCCUAUAACCUGUUUUAGAGAAAUGUUAUCAUCGAAUAGUGUAAGAGCUUUCAUUGUCUGCUUAGAUGCCCCCUUUAUUUAUCCUACGGUUCAGACUUGGUGUACAGGGAGAACACUGUAAGAACGGCCCAUGUUAUGAAUUCUGUCGCUGUACAUUUCAAAAGUGCUGAACAAAUAGUUAUAUUGACUACGUCCGACGUAGCUCGUUGCCUCUUAUCCGCUUGACAUCCCCUUGUGCCAUAGUUUGUACAUCUCAAUUGUCGGUAGAAACCACAUUUGUUUAAGCAAGUCAGCCAUAUCAGCUAUGUUUUUUUUUAAGGCAGUAAAUGAGGCUUAAUUAACUGUUUCGCUGCCAGACAAGGCUCCGCUGAUAGCCAGGUGUAGCAGUGGUAAGGCUGGGACUGCUGUUGGGACAGCUUUAUGUAGGCCCUAACAGUUUGUGGGUAUCGUUUGUCACCGUUAUAGUGCAAUUAAUGUAUUGUUUAGUGUUGAGUUGUGUAGUGGCUUUGCUGGCAUGCAUCCCACAUUAUUAUUUUUUUGCCCCACCAAGAUUUACAUGCUAAAAUCGCCACUGCAGCAUAGUAAGCUGCCCAAACUUACAUAAUUAGAAAGAAUACGUUAUCCUGAUUAAAAUAGUGUAGAACUUCAAAACAUCAAAAUACAUACAUUUUGAGAUAUUUGGCAAAAUAGACAGACAUGUCCCUAUUUCCCCAGAACAAUGGCAGUCUGAAAGUUUUAAGAGCAGUCUUUUAUUUAACCAGCUUACCAUUUAUCUGCUACCAUUUGCCUUUAAUAUUUAAAAUGGUGGUUUGAACUAGGCCUCAAUGUGAAAGCGUGGCAAUAACUUAUUAACUUUUCAUUAUUCACAGAUCUACUCCUCUGAUGACAUGGCAGGCAGACAGACAGGCAUACUCCUCUGA